UCUAUACGCUUGCUAUAUUUCCGACAAGCUCUGUCAUUUCGUUAAAAUAACGUUCGUAGUCAAUUAUUUGCAAGCCACACAGUAUUGUUACAAGAUGGCUCACAGAGGGAGCAAAGGCAACAAAAAGAAGGCAAGUGAUAGGCAGUACCAAAAUCCAACUAUCCCAAUAGCUGGGGAGAAAAUGACCCACCAAAGUGGUCAGAUGGACCCUGACCAUCGUGGAAGUCAAAGCUAUGGUUUUAAUGAAAGAUCGCCAGGCUACGUUGCGGGAACGAGGGAUUGCGGACACAGACAUAACAGUGCGCAUCAACAGAAUCAACGCAGUAGUCAGAUUGACCCUGGCCAUUGUAGAAGUCAAGGCUGUGGUUCCCAUGAAAACUCGUCAGCUCAAGUUUGGGGACCCGCCGGUGUGCAUCAUCAGAAUCAACGAAGUGGUCAGAUGGACCCUGUCCAUCGUGGAAGUCAAGGCUGUGGUUUUUAUGAAAACUCGCCAGACAACGUAGGGGGAAGGAGGGAUUAUGAGCAUAGACCUACCAGUGCGCAUCACCAGUUUCACUAUGAUGAAGAGGUGGACAUGGAACAUGACGGUUAUGCUGAACACCACACUGGAAACAGACUUGAUUUCAUGCAGGCACAGAGACAGCAGUUCCGCUCUCUUCAAGCUAGUAAACAAAUGCUGUACGAUGUUUAUGAACAAAACAUGGGUAUGAUCGAGGAGCUCGAGGCCCGAGACAGCUCAGAAAUGUCUAAAAAAACUGAAGGGAUUAUACCAUAUUUACGCUCAAAGAUACGCCUCCCUACCCAGAAACACAAAGCCAGAACGGACGUAACAGCUAUUAUAGAAGCGGAGAUAGUUUGUCUGCAAACACAGCUGAUGGUAGCUCCGAAAGAGGUCGUGGCCUCAGCCACCGAGGAGCUGAUAAAGAAAACCCUCCUGUGGCUUGCUCAUCGUCAGGACAUGGCGGCGCCACUGGCGCAUUGCGACGGUUACGCUGUCAACGUACUUGAGCUGCUGUUGCAUGGCAACGCGGAAAUACAACCGAGAGAGAAAGGACCCAAUGCCGGAAGGCUUGAUGAAGACAUUGUUAAUGGAGUUAUGGGAGGCUUUCAGGGAGCCAAGCACAAACAGAAAUUACAGGACGAGGAGUUCCGGCGGGAUGAGAAGAAACAGCCUAAACUUAGUGACAUAAGGGGUGGGAAAUCUUUGUUGUCAGGCGUUCGUCGGGUUCUGGCAAUGAAGCCCAACUUGGAGCCGUACCUGUCACCUUUCGUGAACACAGAAGACCUGAGAUAAAAUGUGAAGCUAAAUAUUACUGAUUAGCUAUACAUUCAAAUGUAUUACGGCACCAUAGUACAAACUCAACGGUGAACAGACUGAUUUGCUAAUGUAAUGUUGACAGCACUAGAUGUGUCUGUAUAAUUAUCUAAAAGGACUAAGAAGAUAAACUUUUUCAAUAUAAUAGUAACAUUUCUCGCACUGAUGUUGCUGCUGUGUCUUUCUUAAUAUUUAUUGUUUCAUUUUUAUUUAUUCAUUUUAUUCAUUUAUUAUUUUUAUUUUUUUGUAAAUGCAAAUAUAUGACUUACUCAAAAGGCUGACUGAAAUUUAUGCCAGGCGGCGAACAACAUAAAGAAUAAGGAAAAAUGCAUUAUCUAAACAGUGGGCUUACUCUUUUUAACUUUUGCCAAUAAAUUAUAAAGCAUGUUUUUGUUUCACAAUAUCAAAAUUCUAAA